AUGGGGGGAGUUUUCGCCAAGUGCCGCCUGCCCAGGUGCUUCAAGAACGUCCUCGAUCGACUGUCUGGGAAAGCCAAGGCACGGAAGAUCUACAUGGUAGGUCUCGCCAACGCUGGGAAGACGUCCACCCUGUACAAAUUCAAGUUCCACGAAGCCACGGCGACAGUUCCCACCAUUGGAUUCAACGUCGAGACGUUCAAGUACAACAAGAUCCUGUUCACGGCGUGGGACUUUAGUGGUCGCGAGCAGCUUCGGGCCCUGUGGCGCUACUACUUCGACAACACCAUCGCGGUCAUUUUUGUGGUGGAUUCGACCAGUAAAGUUCUGUUGCAAGAAGCCGCGGAAGUGCUGCACGGGUUAUUCCAAGUCGAAGAGCUGCACGACGUGCCCUUCUUGGUGCUUCUAAACAAACAAGACGUGGAGAAUUGUAUGAGUGUGGACGAACUCACGGACGGCCUUCGCCUUGGCUCGAUCGUGUCCCAUCGAUGGCACGUGCAACCUUGCUCGGCGCAUUCGGGCGAAGGGCUGUACGAAGGAAUGGAUUGGUUGUGUCGAGUUGUGGCGUAG